CUUACCUCGAGUCCUUCUUGUUCCGGAGCAGUCGUAGUACUACGAGUUAUCCAACAAGAACGUUAUCUCAGUAGAAGCGUCAGUGUCAGACGUACAACACGAAUUCAAGCUGCUCCUGUUCUACUAGUGAGUCUAAUCUGAUUACAAAAAUAAAAAUGCCUCGCGACCACAAAUCCCCAGUGCCACGUCGGCAACGGCUGGCUGCGCUUGCGGCUGUCUUGCCACUUGUCUCUGGCGAAGAUGUGUUGAUGACACAAAAAAAAUUCAUGCAUGCGAAGGUUCCUGCAUCUUCUUCUUCUACCACGGCAAGAACUGGCAAGAAAUUGCUUCGUCUGCCCUUGCGCAAGGCACAUGAGACUGCGAGUUUUCGUGCAUGGAAGAAAAAAUUGGCCGAACACUUGCUGGAGGAGCAUGAGAGUGGGAAAGAUCAGAAAGUUAUGAAAAUUUGUGUGUACUAAAGUUGUAUUUAGUCUUGCUUCUACAGACAGACGACGCCACUUCUGCGAAUCGCUUCCGGUAGUUGGUAACCUGAAUUUGAUCAUAGGGGAAAACAAGAAGAGAACCCUUGUGAUCAAAUUCAGGCUACCAAAUACCGGAGCCAUUCUAUAGUAAAAGGAAAAUGUUUUUCGUUUUGCUCGUACCAACCUGUUCUACUGGCUCUAACAACCCCAUCGAGAAAAAGCUAGAACAACUCUCAGAUUCCGCUUCGAUUACCAUCCACGAUUUUGCGAAUGCUCAAUACUACGGUGCUGUUUCUGUCGGAACGCCACCCGUCAGGUUUGAAGUCAUAUAUGAUACAGGUACUAAGACCGAUUUUCCGGACGACAAGUGCAGUAGGAACCUGUCAUAACACCUUGCAGUCUUCUUUUAGGUGUUCGUGUGAGUGAGGAUUCACUUUCUUUCAUCUAGGUUCUUGUACGUAAAAAAAAUCUUCCACAUAUUUGUAGAGGUCAUGCAGAGACCAAAUUCACACCACCAUCCAAACCCCUCACACGUCAGGGUCGUCCAAUCUCUGGGUCCCUAGCACAGGCUGUACAGCAUUUGCCUGCCAGGCCAAAACAUUGUACGACUCUACGAAGAGUUCGUCCUCUGCGAAAAACGGGACGAAGUUUCAUAUCCAAUACUUAUGACUCGCAAUCCAUCAAAACACCAUGUUCAUUUCUACCUUCGCUGACUUUACGCAGGUCACCCAUCAUCCUCAGAGGCGAGCAGGUGCCGGUGGGGCUCGUUGUGCAGGAUCCAUAACCUAACCUAACCUUUUUGACUUUGAGAAACUCAAAAAGUUCAAGUCCCAUGUUGCAAAGAACGGAACAAGAUGCACCACUACCACUCCACCAAGGACUGACUCUAUCCAACCUGAUUCUGUUAAUGAUGAAUGGACUAGAUUGUAGGUUGUAUUCAUGUCACUACCCUGGUGCGAAUAGAUAGUCUAAGAAUUGUCGACGCGCACACUAGAAUAGGGGGAAAGGGGAAAAGACAUUUUCGGAGGCAUAUUGUAAACACCGAUAAAAGUGAGGGAUGCGGUAAGUAACAUCUACUCUGUCUUCCGCAACAUCUUCUCUCUAAAAAACGGUAGUGGUCCGGUUGAUGGAUAUCUCAGUUACGACACCUUACAUCUCGGUGACAGUUCGAACUUAGCGCUCAGUGGUUACGAGUUCGCGGAGAUCACAGAUGUGUCGGGUACUACUACUACGUCACCAAUUCUACCACACCAAAUAUUCUGUUCCGUACAAGUAGGGGCUACUAGUUUCUGUUCCGGUAAAGUCUCUUUACGUUUACAAAUCGUCUUUUUACAAAUCUACUCCCAUCUUCCACCUAGGUCUCGGCAUGGCCUAUGCAGCUGGGAAGUUUGACGGUAUCCUGGGUCUAGGCUGGGAUGAGAUCGCUGUUGACGGCAUUCCCACAGUCCUGACCAGUUUGCUUCGGAACAAGGUGAUCGAUAAAGCUGAGUUUUCGUUCUACCUGGGUUUAUGACUAGUCUCACAAAUUAACUUUCUCCUCAAGGACUGACAUAAGAUCAGGGACUUCUACGGACAACUUCUUACCUGGGUUUAUGACUAGUCUCACAAAUGAGUUUUCUACUUUCUACCUGGGUUUAUGACUAGUCUCCCUUAUUGAAAUUCAAUUUAUAUAGUGAAGCUAAAUCUUUGAAGCUAAGUCGUGUCUAAUAGAUGGUGAGAACGGAGAGGAUGGCGAAUUGAUGAUCGGAGGCAGCGACGGGAAGUAUUUCGAGGGGGACUUGCAAUAUGUUCCAGUAACGAUCCCGGGAUACUGGCAGAUCGCCAUGGACUCAUUCUCACUUGGAGGAUCCGAGAUGGUCAGAGAUCAGAAGGCUAUCGUCGAUUCCGGAACUAGCAUUUUAGCCGCUCCGACGGAUGUGGUAUUUUUAUCCUUGUGUGCUGGAACAAUGUUAAGUACUCUAAACUUCUAUAUUUCGCAUUUAAUCAAACAAGAACAGUAUCUAUAAGUUUACAGAAAUAUUAUAUUCAUGCCUUGAAUGAUGGUAAAAAACGGUAUAAUCUUUCUCUUUGAUGUGCAGCAAUGUGAUAAAUGUAAUCACAAGAAAAUUAUAUUUAACUUCUUCUUAAGGUGAACGCGCUUGCAGCUAAGAUCGGCGCCUUCUCGGUGUUCGGGAAGCUGAUCAUUCCAUGCGACAAGGAUAUUGGGAAGCUGAGUUUUACCCUGAACGGCGUCGAUUUUGUUAUGGCUAUUCAUUGAGGAAAUGUGAUUUUUUUCCUGGAAUGUGUUAGUGUUCGUCAGUACUUCUUCUACAGAAAAAUAUCCGACAUGAUCACCAGUGCUGUGCAGAAUCAGCACGUUGAUACACCUUUAUUUAUAUCCAUCUUAAGUACUUACCGUAAGCUUCACCUUUCUUGAAAGUAUAAACUUAUAGCAACCAUGUAAGUUUAUGAAUCUUCAUAGGUUCAACAUCCAAGAACUAGAACGACUCACCUCUAAUCCCCACCUCGACGGUAACGACGUGAAGAUUCCUGCUGUCCUAGGCCAGUGCAUGGUCGGCAUCCUGGCCAUCGAUGUGCCACCACCGCGUGGUCCUCUCUGGAUUUUGGGCGAUACCUUCAUGCGCAAGUACUACGCCAACUUUGACUACGCUGGAAAGCGUGUGGGAUUGGCCAAGGCGAAGAAGCCAAGCGAAGUCAAUAUGGCCGUGCAGGAGGAAGAGCACCAGCAGGUGACUGUGACCGGAACAAACAACGAAGUUGGUGGACAGGAAGUUUGGGUGUAAUUUGCUGAAAAUGAAAUAUGGUAGCUACUAUAAGGAGGAGGAGAAUUUUCAGCAAAUUACGUUAGCACCCUACUAAAUGGUAGCUACUAUAAGUAUAAGGAGGAGGAGGAGAUUUUUUUAGCAAGUCAUUUUUUUGAGAAGCAUCAUCCGCAAUUAUUGUUCUCUUGAAUACUCGCUAGGGAAAAUAACGAAUUUUUGAAACUACAUAGAAAGACAAACAAAAGAAAAGAUAGAGAAAAGACAAAGAAUAUGAAUUCUCACCAAAAUAUGGGUCCCAUCUAGUCGGAGUAAUCAUGUAACCACUUUCCCAUAGAUUUAGUUUUGUGAAAAAUUUUCCACCCAUAGAGUUUUGCGAUGAAGCUAGGCUUAGGCUGAAGAUUUCUAGAUGCGUGCAAGAAAUUGCUCUACUUCGAUCUCGACGACAUCAAUGUGUGAGUCAAAUAGUGUAUGAUUUUGGUGCCGAUGAAGAAGUAGCAGAAAUAAGAGUCUCAGCACGAUAUUCAUAGAAGACAACAGCGAUGAGUCUAGCUCCAUGCAGGUUGUGUUGAUUCUGCCUAUCAAACAAGAGCUUAUACAUAGAGCUUCUGUCCCCGACAGAAAAGCCACUAGCGAAGAGAGAACGAUGACCCACAAGAGUAACUUCUACUGAGGGAAAGACAAUCUCAGA